AUGGAAGUCCAACAGCACCUUCCUAUUGAUGAGCUCGCCUUCGAAGAUGUAGAUAACGAAAACAUGAUGGAUGCUGAAGGCACAGGUGGUGGAAGCAAUCAUCUAAAAGAAGAUCCUCUUGCAAAGCCAGUUAAAGACAUAAUUGGCAACAGAGCUGAGCCAAUGGAAAAUGCUUACGACGACGACGCACUAUCAGUUUUUAGUUUCAGUUUACAGUACGAAGUGUGUCAAAAUGAGACAGAGUUAAAUCAGUUUCGUUCAAAAUCAGAGCAUAUUCAUAGGAGAAGCAAAAGAGCGUUGGUCUUUCCAAAAGGAAGUGCAUUUGUGAUGACUUUAUCGGCAUUGAAAACUAUUCCAAUAAAAGGAUUUACUUGGAAUCAACUCCACGAAUUCGAUGUUGUUUGGCCAAUACAAAGUGCAGCUGAUAAACCAAAGCCGAAACUAAAGCAGCAACCGAAACUAAAGCUAAAAUAUCCUAUGAGGAAACCGUAUUAUCGAACAUCAAAUUGGAAUAACCGUCGGCAUCGCAGAGAAUUAUACUCUACUCUUGAAUUGGCUUUGGAAAACUAUGACCUACCAGGCAAAACUUGCAUUUUGAGAACAAUUUGCGAGGCUAAAACACUUCUAAAUCCUUCCGGUGAAUCACUGAUCGAAGACCUCUUGCGAGUAAUUCUUAGUAAUCCAAUCAAAUCGAAAAAAAGUAUGGACGAUUAUGAUUUGGCGCAUCAAAUGAAGGAAGAUUGUGACUUAACAUAUCCUUGCCCCUUUUCUCUGCUAAAUUUCUUCUUAAAUUACAACGGAAACGGUUAUGAUUAA